AUGUCGAACAAGUUUGAAUUAGGUUCUUUAACUUUAGAAACUAAAAAACCUAACACUACAGCGUGGAUAAAUAAAGCAAAACCUUACUUUGUGGAUCAAAUCAGAUUCACUCUUCAAGGUGAUUUAGAUAUGAACAAUUUCAAAGUAACUAAUUUAAAGUCUCCGGAAAAUGAUAAUGACGCUGUUCACAAGAAAUAUUUACGGGAUCAAAUAAAUUCAAUUGAUGUAAAUAAAACCCAUUUAGAAGAUAAAAUAAGUAAUGUGAAAAGAUUCUUCAAAUGUCAACUAAAUAAUAAAGAUUUUAUGAAUGAUACUAAACUACAGCAAGAGGUAGCAGGUUUAAUAAGUUUUAUUCACAAUCAAUUGGUUAACGUAGUGAACAAAACUCAGUUACAAAAUUUAAUUUCAUUAAUAUCUAAAUUAAAUGAUAAGAUUGCAAAACAAAAAUUAGACAUUCAACAAUUAAUAGAUAACAUUCCAGAUGAAAAUGAAGAUAUAUUUCAACAGGAAUUAAAUGCUCUGGAAACUAAACUUAACAGUGAAUUACAAAAAGAACUAACAAAUAUUAAACAACAAAUAUAG